UGCAGGCAUCUGCCCACUACUGCUAGCAUGUCACUAGAGGCCCAGGACUCCUGGCAGCUUCUGAAAGCUUCAUUCUUAGCCCUUUCCAUCUCCAUCGCCAUCGCCAUCUCCAUCUCUGCUCCUUUGCAGUCUUCCGUCUGAGGCGCCACGCAGCUUCAUGGAAGAACCGCAAUACACCGUCUUUAUCAGGGUGCCCAUCCCCCGUCGGGGCUUUGUCGAUCCAGCGCCGGUCAGCUGGGACGUCGCCAAAGAUGAGGCCCUGUGGAAGAUUCUCUCCGGACACAAGGAAAUUGACUCCGACCGAUUCGAAGUCCCCGUCGAUUUUCUAGUGCAGCAGGUAGCCUACCUCAACGAACGACAUCAAUCACAUUUCCGCGCCCAAGUGAGAAAAGCGACCGCCGCGGCCAAGGGCUCUGCUACCCAGUCACCUAUACCCGGAUCCGAUUUGGCUGGUCUAGGCCAUCUGAGGACACCGUCAGCUCUGUCUAUACGCCGCGAUGUGUCUGCGCUGCGCAACGAGAGCGGCACAUUCGCAUCCAAUGCGCCGGCUCGCCCGACCAUGUCGCGCAACACCUCGGCGACUACGACGGUCAUGAGGGAUGGCGGGGGCGCAUCUCCUAGGACGAGCAACAAGCCCAGUCUCCGAGCGGCCGAGCCAGCUGGGCGGAAACGACUAUCAUCACUGCCAAUGGAAUCGCCAGUACCAAGGUCACCGAGAUCUCCAAGGUCUCCCGAACAGCCUGCUGCUGAAAUCGACAAAGCGAAUUCUCCUGGCCCAGCCGAUAAUAGUUCAAGUUCCUCGUCCGACGAUGACUCAAUGCCGGUCCAGUCUCGCAUCAUCCGUCGGCCGCCGCGGUUUGGGCCGCAGGAAUCAUACCCGCCCGGCUAUCAACCCGAUGAGGACGACGAAUCAGAACCUGCGUUUCAGCCGUAUAGUGCGCCAUUGUCAUCGCCUGACAUGUCAUCGACGUUGAAAUUGCAAGACCGAAAUAAGCCGAGGCGAAAUCAAAAGGCAGUUGCGAAAUCGCCCUAUCAUUCGCAAACCUCUGACUCGUCAGCUAGUUCACCCGCCAUGGUGCUGCGACCAACAAAGACGCGAGAUGCCAAUAAUGCAACCUCGGUGUCGCCUCGUCAAAACGCAGAGCCGGGAAGCAGCGAAGAAACCCAUAGCAUCAGUAGCAGCUUUAGCGACUUGGAUGCGUUUCAAUUCUCUAUUUCGUCUUCAGACACAUAUUCUAAAGAGAAACAACGUCUUCUCUUCAUCACCGCCACCAUGUUUCGCCGUCUCUGGUCUGGCCUCCCACCAGAUGCCCACUUUCCUUCAGAUCUCAAAGGACUCGGAUACUUUGUCAACGAUCAAGAUGAAAUCCGCUCCAUCGAAAACCCGGACAACUACUUCAAAUUCUUCCUUAAUCGCAACCCGCGUAUUUGUGCUCGCCAACGGUUCGAGUUUAACCAUGCCAUGGAAGCCAUCAUCCACAAGCGUCUCGAGCGCCAAGGGCUGCUGAAGCUCCGCCUACCUUUCGGUGCGUGGGAGACGGAGCCUCAUUUGCCUAUUUUUAUCACCCCAGACUUGGAAACCCGGUCUCGAAUUGUCGUUAUAUUCGGUGAACCCACCCACGAGCUUGGAGUCCUGGCAGGUCGCGUGGCCAAUGGACCGGGAGGCAUCGACGAAGGGAGCGUCAUCCCGGUUGUCCGAGCUGUCAAACUGCAGAAAGCAUCCGGCAGCGAUGACACUUCUCCAGGCAUCUUAUUAGCAAACAUGGGUCAGACGUGCUGGUGGCCCGAGGGACAGCGAGCCAUCACUGUGACGGCCAACAACGCCGUGCCGCUGCCUAGUCUGGUGCAUAGAGGAGUGCAGCAUGUGCCAACUAUACACGAUAUUCCAGGCAACAAUAGUGCAGAGGAACAUGUCAAAUACGUGUUUAACGAAGUACUUUCGCGCUGGGCUGGUGACAAGGCAAUCGUGGACAUAAUAGCUACUGGAGAAAGCUGCGAGAUUGUGGAGCGCUAUUUGGACGGGGAGGGAGCCUGGAAUAUCUGGGGCAACAGGAUCAGCACACUCGUCCUCCUUGGUCCGGUCUAUGACUCAGAGGGGCUGAAGAAUGAAAAGUUCAAGGACUUUAUGGCAAAGCGAGCUCGUGCUUAUGUGCUUUCUCAUGAGCCCGUUGGCACCCCUCUAGCGCCUCCUGAAGGCAACUCGGACCGUUGGAUCCCCUCUCUAGGCCUCCCAUGCCUCUCUUCUUCCGAACCAAUGUAUACGGAGUCGAUUUUUGUCCGAGCUCGGUCUCAUAUCCUCUCGUAUCUCCAGGAGUUGGCUCUUGAUCCCGAUCAUGAGAAUCCACCCCUUGUUGUGCCGGCUGUUUGCCCCCUACCUACGACUGAGCAGAGUUGGGAGGAGGUACCGGAGGGAGAGAAACCUAUCGUAAUCAAGUCAGAUCCCGAUGAGUUGGAAGUGGAUAUUAGGCAGAUUAAGCGCUGGAAGCAGUUUGAAGAGACUGGAAAGGCGCCAGAGACAGACGAGGAGAUGGAGACUGAGGAGAUGGCGAUAAAGGAGAUGAAAGUAGAGGAGAUGAAAGUAGAGGAGAUGAAGACAGAGGAGAUGAAGACAGAGGAGAUGAAGACAGAGGAGAUAAAGGCAGAGCCUUGA